AUGUGCGCAAGUCCUGCAUGAUAGGCACAGUAGUGACACUGUUCACAGUGCCACUUUCCAUGGUCCUGUGCUAUGCUGGAUUCCAGUGGUGGAAGAACAAGAAACGUCACCCUGCUGCAGCUCCAGCAUACCAGCCAAGAAGGCGUGACUCUGCCUCGCCCCCAGGGAGCCCAGAGACUGCCUCGUUUGACAGCUCUCAGACAUGGCCUCAGAAGCAGGUGUCGACCUGGAAAGCAGAGCACCAGCACUCUGUGCCUCCCCCACGGCCCCCCAGCCCGGCUGUGAAGAGGAAGCCCCCUGAGAUCCCCCCACCUCCUCCCCUCCCAAGCCGGCCACCCUGGUCCAGUUAGGACUGAAAGUGGGCCAGCCAUGGCAGGGCUUGGGCCACCAGCAGCUUGGGGCACCUGCUCUUGGCUACCAAUAACACGUUACCUGUGGGUAACAGCCAGAGGCACUUUUCCUACUCUUUUACCUUCAACAGGAAGGGCUGAAGAU